AUAAUAAAUAGCGCUAGAGAUCCCCCCGUCUCGAUCGUCCUGGACGUUGCUCUUCCUUUCUCACUCUUGAACAAGCUGCUCGCUCAAAUUUUCCACUCGUUUUGGUUCACAUUCCAGACAUCAUUUUUGUUAGUAGUACAUAACUCACCACCUCCAAAAUGCACAAACUCGCCCUCGCCCUAGGACUCUUCCUGAGCCCCGUCGCUGCGGAGUACACCACCACCCUCCUCGUCCCCGGCCUCGACCUCGACCCCCAAGCCAUCGGCGGCUACGUCGGCAGCGUCAUCGCCACUGACGCCACAGCAACAACCUACGCCCUCUCCUGCCCGCUCGCCGUCGGCAACGCCUGCGGUGUCCCCGCCAGCCUGCUCAUAACCCAAGGCCCAUCAACACUGCACUACGCCUUCCCCACCGGCAGUGGCGACAUGACAGCGGACUGCAAGCUCACGGGCACGCAAGGCGUGUGUAGCGGCUCUAUCCUCGCGACGGGGGCGCAGCAUGGGGUGGUCACGGUGGGGUAUAAGAGUUUUGGGAUGUAUGAUGAGGUGGUGGUUACGAUCACGGGGGCGGCACCGGAGGCGACGGGGGAGGGGGGUGCUGGUGCUGCGACGGCGACGGGAACGGCGACGGGGGAGCCGGCGGGGAAGACGGCUGGUGGCUUAGGGAGCGGCGGCGGCGCCCGGGGGGAGGCGAGCAGUGCCACGGGUAGCUCAAGCAGCGCCGUCAGCUCGAAGGCCAGCACGGGGGGGAUGCCUAUGAUCACUGGGCAUGCGCAGUGGGUCAUUGGAGGGGCGGGUGCGGCGGUGGCGAUUGCUGCUAUGUAAGGAGGAUGGAAGGCGGGUUAAGAAGUGCUAGAGUAUCACAUUGAAAAUGAGGAAAUCCCUAUAAUGUUGUCUAGUCACCCCAUUCUCUAGACGCUGGCGUGGCGGGGGGUUGCUUGCUGUGCUUGGGGGAGAGGUUAGUAGGAUUGUUGUCUAAGAUAAGACGAGGAUUCUGAGGUGGUUCCUGAAUAGAAGCUAUUUUGUGAUAAUGUCCGUGGCCAAAUCGCCGCCG